GAUUUCGGGAGAGCGCCUUCGCCUACGCCAUUGCAGCCGCCGGUGUGGUGCAUGCCGUCUCCAACGCCUGCGCCCUCGGCAAGCUGCAGGCCUGCGGCUGUGACCAGAAGCGCCGGGGCGAUGAGGAGGCUUUUCGGCGCAAGCUGCAUCGUCUCCAGCUGGAGGCCAUGAACCGCGGCAAAGGCAUGGUGCACGGGGUGCACAUGGAGCACAUGCCGGCCGAGACCCCAGGCCUCCAGGACUCCUGGGAAUGGGGAGGGUGCAGCCCCGACGUGGACUAUGGGGAGAAGUUUUCCAAGGAUUUCCUCGAUUCCCGGGAAACCUACAGGGACAUCCACUCCCGCAUGAGGCUGCACAACAACCGCGUGGGCCGGCAGGGGAGCGGGGCACUGUGCAACAUCCGCUUGGGAGUGGAGGUGGUGAUGGACAACAUGAGGAGGAAGUGCAAAUGCCACGGCACCUCAGGGAGCUGCCAGCUGAAGACAUGCUGGCAGGUGACACCCGAGUUUCGCCUGGUGGGGUCCCUGCUCAAGGACCGCUUCUACGGGGCCACCCUCAUCCGGCCCCACAACCGCAACGCGGGGCAGCUGGAGCCGGGCCACGCUCGGCAUCGCCGCCGGGCUGGCAUCAGCGAGCUGGUUUACUUUGAGAAGUCACCCGACUUCUGCGAGCGGGAACCAGCUCUGGACUCCUUG